UCGCUGUUUGCGUCCAAAAGCAAAAGUCACAUGAUCCGUCCAGAUCCUGUCUGCUCCGACUAAAAGCUGCAGGUAGACUGAGCACCAUGAAGCUGAUCAUCCUCAAUGACUACGACCAGGCGAGCGAGUGGGCUGCAAAGUACAUCAGAAACAAGAUUUUACUGUUCAAACCUGGACCCAAGAAAUACUUCACCCUGGGACUCCCCACAGGAAGCACUCCUUUAGGUUGUUACAAGAAACUGAUUGAGUACUACAAGAAUGGAGAUGUCUCAUUCCAGUAUGUGAAGACUUUCAACAUGGAUGAAUAUGUUGGCCUUCCCAGAGAUCACCCUGAGAGCUACCACUCCUUCAUGUGGAACAACUUCUUCAAGCACAUAGACAUAAAAGCAGAGAACGCCCACAUCCUUGAUGGCAACGCAGCCGACCUGCAAACGGAGUGUGAAGCCUUUGAGGAUAAGAUAACUGCUGCCGGGGGGAUUGAGCUGUUUGUCGGAGGUAUUGGACCCGAUGGCCACAUUGCUUUUAAUGAGCCUGGUUCAAGCCUGGUUUCCAGGACAAGGGUUAAGACGCUGGCAAAGGACACAAUCAUAGCUAAUGCUCGGUUCUUUGAUGGCGAUCUCGCAAAGGUUCCCACCAUGGCGCUGACUGUGGGAGUGGGAACUGUCAUGGAUGCAAAAGAGGUCAUGAUUCUCAUCACUGGAGCGCAUAAGGCCUUUGCUUUGUACAAAGCUAUAGAGGAAGGUGUGAAUCACAUGUGGACAGUGUCUGCGUUCCAGCAGCACCGGCAGACCGUUUUCGUAUGCGAUGAAGAUGCCACCCUGGAGCUGCGGGUCAAAACUGUGAAGUACUUCAAAGGGAUGAUGCAUGUGCACAACAAGCUGGUAGAGUCAAUUCCACCAGAGCCUAAGAAGAACUGAUGGGAUCUCUUACAAGAUACGUGGAUUCUCAAGGCUUUUUUGUUUUUUUGUUUUUCUUUUGUUUUUUAAGAAUUUACACUCCAAUGGUUCCUUUAUUAUCUGGUGGAGGUCAAGCAGUGCUUGGAGUUACCCACAACUAAUCUUCGUAGACAUAAUUAGGUGCUGGUCUAGUGCAGGCUGUCAGGUUUUCAAGUGAUUGUUUACACAGCUUUCAUUCUCAUUUGUUCUUUGUAAUAAAGUGAGCUUGAUUUGUA